UCUGCCUGCGAAAAGGUAAAACUACAGCGUGCAGAUCAUACACAGCGAGAAGCAUUGAGAAACCUCUUAUCGCUUAGGGUCAAUCGUCAUGGAAAUUCCUCAUUUCAAGCACAAAUUAGAUCCGGAAAAUAUCGAAGAAAGCAUCAAGCCGAUUCUAAAGCAGAUCAGACCAGGAUGGGACACCAACGAAGUCAAAUUCAAACAGUUUAAUGAAGGAAUCAGUAACAUGCUUGUUGGCUGCAAUAUGCCGGGUCUUGCUCCGGGCGAAAUGAUCCUUUUCCGGUUGUUCGGAAAUAAAACCGAGCUUUUUAUAGAUCGGAAGAAAGAGCUGGAAACUUUUCAGAUUUUGCAUUCGAAGGGCUACGGACCCCCUGUCUACGGAACUUUGGAGAACGGUCUGUCGUACGGAUUUUUAGCAGGGGAUGUCCUUGACACGGAUACGAUCGCGGACCCUCAUAUAUCGUCACUUUGUGCUCGCCACAUGGCCCAGUUACACGCGAUCAAAAUUGAUCACGACAACUCCAAACAUAAAGCAGAGCCAAUGCUUUUCAAUGGAAUGAUCAAAUACUUGAAUCUUCUUCCUGAAAAGUUUGAAGACCCGAAGAAAAACGAAAGGUUUGAGAAGCAAGCUCCCAGCAAGGCUAAGUUGAAGGAAGAGAUUGAAGCCCUCAGGAGUGUUUUACUUACACAUAAUUGUCCAGUGGUGUUCUGUCAUAAUGACAUGCUCUGUAAAAACUUAGUGUACAAUAAAGAUAAAGAUAUUAUUCUUAGCAUUGAUUAUGAGUAUGCCAGCAUGAACUUCUUGCCUCAUGACAUAGGAAAUCACUUCUGUGAAUAUGCAGGUGUUGAUGAGGUUGAUUACAGUUUAUAUCCCAAAAGAGGACAUCAGUUAAAAUGGAUUGCUGUUUAUCUUGAAGAAGCUGCAAGAUUAAGGGGUGAGAGGAAUCCUAAAAUUUCUGAUGCAGAAAUAGAGAAGCUCUAUGUACAAGCCAAUCACUUUGCUUUGGCGGCUCAUUUCUAUUGGUCAAUGUGGGCUUUGGUGCAGGCACACUUCUCAGCUAUUGACUUUGAUUUCUUAGGGUAUGGAAUAGCCCGCUUCAAUGAGUAUUUCAGAAGAAAGGAGGAGUUUUUGGCACUAUCCUAUGAUUAGUGAUGAAGAUGGACUGAUGUCUCCCGAAGCAAUAUUCAGCACUCAACACUAACAGUAGCCAACCAGCUACAGACCAGUAGAAAUUCAGUUUUAACUAGUGGUUUUUUAUUUCCGCUAG